GAGCUCUUAAUGUGUUAUGAACGUGUGACAUCCACCACAACAUGGAAAAAUUACGUGGAAAUUGGAAGAGCGUAUACUUACUUUUUCAUGUCAUUGAUCAUAUCCAUGAAAAUACGUCAAAAAAUGGCGCUAUUCUUGUAUUUUUGCCCAGCUACGACGAUAUAUGCGAACAACAUGAAAAGUUAGUAAGCGUACAUGGAUUACAGGAUUGGGGUUAUAAGAUUUUUGCGCUGCAUAGCGAACUAAAUGAUGAAAACAAUGAGGGUCAUGCUCAUGUCUUUGAUCGCAUGGAAAAUGGCGUUCGAAAAAUAAUAUUAUCUACAAAUAUUGCAGAAACAGCACUUACAAUAGAUGAUGUCGUCUACGUUAUUGAUGCCGGAAAAGCAAAAUCGCUGUUUUAUGACGCGGAAACCAAAUCGACCAUUCUCGAAUUAAAGUCUAUUUCACAGGCAUGUGCAAAACAGCGCAGUGGCAGAGCUGGUCGCGUUCAAAACGGCUUCUGUUAUCGUUUGUAUUCAUUGGAACAAUACAAAAUGAUGCACAAAUAUAAGCCAGCAGAAAUUGUACGAGUGCCUAUAGCGAAAACUAUUUUUCAAAUUUUAUUUUAAAAAAACAUAUUAAUCAAAUAAAUGUAAUUUCAGUCCAAUUUAUUUAGAAAGAUGAAAAAUGGCUUUUAUUUUCGGCAAA